AGAGAGAGAGAGAGAGAGAGAGAGAGAGAGAGAGAGAGUUUGGCGGAGCAGCCGCGCCAGCACAGAGAGGCACGGGGACGCAGCGCAGAGCAUCAGGGCGACUUCAUCUGGGAACGAAUCAAUAAAACAACUUGAAACACAGGGACACACCGGUGGGGGAAACAAAACACCGUAGGAGAUAUUCUCAGCACGGACAUAAAAUGAAAGGGUUACCUGGCUGUAUUCUGGAUCUGGAGUCGUUUCUCACACCGCCGCGACGUUGACACACAAGAGUUGCGCAGAGUCUCUAGGAGUUGUCUGUUGGAGACAUUUCAGGCACCCAGAAUCAAACUUGACUUGGACAUCCAGGAACCAGUCAGGGAGUAAGCUAAACUACCCACUGCGCUCUUUGGAAAAGAAAGACACAAAAGCAUCGCUGCCACCAUGGAUGAGGAACAGUGUUACUAUAACGAGACCAUCGCCUUCUUCUACAACCGCAGUGGCAAGUACCUAGCUACUGACUGGAACACGGUCAGCAGGCUGGUGAUGGGCCUAGGCAUCACCGUAUGCAUCUUCAUCAUGCUCGCCAACCUUCUGGUGAUGAUCGCCAUCUACGUCAACAGGAGAUUCCACUUCCCCAUUUACUACCUGAUGGCCAACCUGGCAGCUGCUGACUUCUUUGCUGGACUGGCCUACUUCUACUUGAUGUUUAACACGGGACCCAACACGAGGCGUCUGACUGUUUCCACGUGGCUGCUGCGCCAGGGCUUGAUCGAUACCAGCCUGACGGCGUCUGUGGCCAACCUGCUCGCCAUCGCCAUCGAGCGCCACAUCACCGUGUUCCGCAUGCAGUUACACACGCGCAUGAGUAACCGGCGUGUGGUGGUGGUGAUUGUCAUAAUCUGGACCAUGUCCAUUGUCAUGGGGGCAAUCCCCAGCGUGGGCUGGAACUGUAUCUGUAGUUUAAAGUCUUGCUCCAACAUGGCGCCUCUUUACAGCAACUCCUACCUGGUCUUCUGGGCAGUGUUUAACCUAGUGACUUUUGUUGUCAUGGUGACGCUAUAUGCCCACAUCUUUGUCUAUGUGCGACAGAGGACCAUGAGGAUGUCGCGGCACAGCUCUGGACCACGACGGAACAGAGAUACCAUGAUGUCUCUGCUGAAAACCGUGGUGAUAGUUUUGGGUGCGUUCAUCGUCUGCUGGACCCCCGGCCUGGUCAUCCUCCUCCUCGACGUCUUCUGCGCCAACUGCAACGUCCUCACAUAUGAAAAGUUCUUCCUGCUUCUCGCCGAGUUCAACUCAGCCAUGAACCCCAUCAUCUACUCCUACCGAGACAAGGAGAUGAGCGCCACCUUCCGGCAGAUCCUCUGCUGUCAGCGGCAGGAGAACGUCAACGGGACGGUGGCGGAGGGAUCUGACAGGUCGGCGUCGUCCAUCAACCACACGGUGCUUAGCGGCGGUACACACCACCACCACCACCACCACCACAACCACAACAACGAACACUCAGUGGUAUAAAACUGGUGGGGUUGGUCUGUUUUGGAGAUACUGACUGAAAGAAGGUAAUUGGCAGCAAGGAGAGGUCGAGAGGGACCGCGAACACGACGUGACCUAAAGACAGAAACGUAAGAAAUUGGGGAAUGAAGAUAAGGUAGACAGAGUAGCGCUGCAUGAGAACAGGAUGUGACUAUGGAGAACAACGACAAGACUUUAUCGCUGUGUGGAGGAAGAAUGGGGAGAGAGAGGGGAGUCCGAUGUUCGAGGACUCUGAUAGGCUGUUCCUAUUCAGUUGUUGAUUAUUUUCUGUUUGUUUUAAAUGUGUUGAUAUGGAGAACGAUGAUAUGAACUAUUUAAAAGUAAUCUGUGAAAUGAAGGUAAUGCCAGUAGUCUAACUUUGUAUCUUGAAGUCGUGGGUUUCAGACUUUUUCCCCUAAAUCCCCAUUCUUAAGAAAGGUCACAUAGCAUCAUACACACAGUGUGAGUUUCCUUCACAUCCAUUUGAGUAUGCAUUUUGGAUGCAAUUUAGAACACCAUUCUUUCAUUUUCAUUAAUAUUUGGGAGAAAAGACUUAAAAUCCGGGGGAAAUUAUUUCCAGCUAACACAUGCAGAUUCAUGCUCAUACGUGUAACUGAAUGUUAGUAGAGCUUAUCUCCAGCAGCUUUAACUUUAAAAUGUACUACUGGAGACUUGAGGCUGAUUUUCUUCAUAGUGUUUUUUCCAGGGAUUUAUCUUUUUUUUUUUUAAAUAUAGACAUCAAAGUGAAACUUUUUUGGGAAAUCCUUCUGAUGCUUAAAAAAAUAUAUAAAUACUGACAUGUUUGACAUGUUUGGAAACUUACCAAAAAAUGCUGUUGUACCCAUUAUGGAUUGUUUAAGUAAUCCCAGCCACUUUUCAUUACCAAAGCAGAUGCAUCAUCCAUCUUUUAAAGUGACCUCACACCCUAAAGACUCAUUAUUCUGCUGAUGUUCUUCUCCAGUUCCAGUUUUUCCCUUCCAUCCAACAUAAAUACAUAAAGGGUCCAGGAUCUGUUGUUCAUUCCCUUUAAGGAAUUAGAGAUUAGAGUUCUAGGGAUCUUACCGAAAAGGGGAGGAGGAUGUUUGCGGUUUGUUAACAGGCUCUGUGCCACUGUGUUAUGUGGAGACAAGGUGAAGGUCAUUUCUGGUGAGCGUUAACAGACUUCAAAUCAUGACAUGAAAUGUGCUGAGCUUUCUGCCUCUCAUGGUUUCAUCAAGUGUCUCUGUGUCUGUGAGGCCGACUGGCAAAACAAGGUUAGGGGUAAGUGAAUAUGGAACUUAUAAUCAGUGUUAAAUUUCCCUUAUUUUAAGAGGUGACAAGAUAAGCCAUUCUUGCUUCAUAGCACAGGAAGAUAAAAUGGAUGUUCGUGAAUGAGUGCCUAAAUUUGUGGUUUACAAACACAAGUUUGCCUCGUGUGAUACAGCAGUAACAGUUUUGACUGUAAACACUGACCUGCAAAUGUCACAGUAUUCCAUUUUAAGAGCCCCUUUUAUGUUUUUGGGGCUUUUUUCCCCAUCUUUUAGUGUGUUAUAUAUAGUUUUUUGUCCAUGUGAUAGAUGUAUAAAGUACCAAAAAAAACCCAUUUCACUCAAAAUGGAGCUUUCUCUCCUACAGACAGCACUUUUUCUCAACUGCCCGAUAUGCCUCGCCCCAUUCCUGUUUUCUUCAAUUAUCGAUGUCACUGAUUGCGAAAGUCAGUUUUUUAUAAGUACUGCCCAUAGGUGCUGCCUUUGCAAGCACAGCCCACCAGGAGCGCAGUAGAUUGUUUUAAUUUGGUUGACCAAUCCCAACAGAGGGGGCCAGCUGACCGGGCUUUUUUAGAAAGGCGGGAUAAGAAGUCAGACGUGGGGUCCUAUUUUAACGAUCUAAGCGUACGGCGUAAAGCACAUGGCGCAGGUGCGUUUAGGGCGUGUCCAAAUCCUCUUUUGCUGGUUUAACGGCGGAAAAAAUGCUUUUGCAUUUGUUAUUUAAUCGGCGCUGGAUGGUCUUAAAAUAGCACACUUACAUUAGGCUUUGCGCCACGCUGCGCUGGGUGCAAGACAGGGCCCGGAGUGUUUCAGGCUGUGGAAAUGGGCAGUAUAAGAAACCAUUUGUUCUUCAAAAAUCAAAGCAUGUAACCCUAUUCUAGUAGUCCCCAAGAUACAAAUAUCAUGCUGAAAAGGAGUAUAACAGGGGCUCUUAAUAGUUAUAUUUUAGUAUUGACCACAGAGGUGGAGUGACCCAUAGACUGAACCGCCCAAUAGAUUGAGAUUUAUGAUAAAUAUUCAUCAGUAAUGUGGAUUCAGUGAUUAAGUGGGUAAAGGCAAAUAAUAGAACAGCUAAAACCGUUUAGUAAGUUCCGAAAUAACCACUUUACUUUAAAACCACGAAAAGACAACCCUUAUCAUAUUACUUACUCAAAUUAUGACAUAACACUAUCCACAAAUAUCUUGUAUCAUAUCAUGCCCUGCUCCAUCUCAGCUUAGCCUCUGAUAAAUCUUAGCUUAAAAUCUACAAAAUCUUACACGUCCAUCUUUUAUGGCAGUAUUUGGAUAAAAAGUUGAAGUUAACUCCUACAGUACCACAGUCUGAUAAGUCAGCUCGGCGUAUAACACUCCACUGAAAGAAUGAAAAUAUCUUAGAAAUUAAAUGUCACAUACACAUGUUAUUGCAGUGUUACUGGUGAUAUGAAGUAUUACAGAUUUCCAUCCAAAAUAUAUGAUGUUGUGUUUAUGUCAUUAUAUGAAAUUGUUGGGGUUACGAUUUUUUUGUGAACCAGUCUUUUUUUGCAAAUCCUGCAAAUAAGAAUAGUUCAAAUAUUUUGCAUUUCACUGCCUCCCUCCCUCGUCAUGCCUCCGCACGGCAUGGUAUCUUGAACAAAGAUCACGUGUUCAAUGCUUUCCAGUGAAUUAGGUCGGCACAUAUAACAGAUUGCCCCACGCAAAACCUGGUGUCAGGCAUAUAGUGGGGUUCUGAUAAUGUAAAUCUUUACUACUACCAACUUUAUGGAAAUGUAUUAUUAGGCGUGUGACCUAUGACCUAUCUCAGUUUACAGUUUAUGAUAAUACUCGAAAGUCAAGCAGAGUUGAGCCAAUGCCGUGUUGAAUGUUGAUAUCUUAUUUCCACAAGUGCACUCCCCCACCUUCUGCUAUUAACUUGAGACUCAAAGCCAAGAUAAAAGUCCGCCUGGUGAUGCUAUUAGGUACAUUGUUAAAAAUCACCAGCAGAACUUUUUGUCGUGCCUGGAAUCAAAACACAUUUUGGCUAAAAUACAUAGAAAACACUCCAAACAAGCUGACAGAAAAGAGAGAAUCACGGCCAAAAUCACAGUCACAUGUUUUCCAGGAAGCCAGAUGUUUGUCAGGAAUUUUAACUGCAGUGCUGAAAUGAAGUCAGCUGGUGCUGUUGCCUGUCGACGUUGGCCAACAUGUUUCCCUGUUUGAGGCAACAUAAGUUCUUUUAUGUCGUUUUUGGAUUUAUUUUUACAGAGUGCCCUAGCUGUUGAGAUUGGGGAGUCUUUUUCCAUCUAGAUUACCGUUACAGUUUUUCCUUUUUUAAUGUCCAGGUUGUGCCUUAACAAAAAAAUACACAAUUGAAGAAUAAUUCUAAGGCAACAAUCUUAGAUAUUUUUAUUCUUCAUUCUUUAAUUUAUCCAUUCCUUUACUUCUGUAAACUUCACAACAGGCCUCACAAGAGUACUGGCAGCAGCAGCAGCAGCAGCAGCAGUAGUAGUGCGGUUUAUUGUUUCAUCGACCAAACUGACAGUCCUCCACAUUUGACAUUCCACCAUUCUACCAUUUUUCGAACAAAGUAUUGAUUCAGGUUAUAUAACAAACCAACUAAACUUUCUUUCUUUGUAUGUCUCUGUUUACCAGUGUGUCACUCUUUAUACACCAUUGUAAGUAUAUGUGUACAGUAUGUAUGUAUAUAAAAUAUAUUAUUCAAAGUUAAUCACCAAAGGGAAAGACGUUUUUGUGUUUGUAAAUUUUAUUGUUAUAAUCUGUCCAAAUGUACUGUAGGAUUUUGUUAAUGGUUUUUAUGUCAUGAGCUCUUUUGUAUUGUGACCUUAAUCAAUGCAUUUCCUGUAAACUAUAUUAACUCAUUUGUGACCCAGAACUGGAUAUGACCUCAUUUCCACCUGAUAUUAAAAUCCAAUCUGAGUGAUCCGAUCUCUAGUGAGCAGCUCUAUGUACAGCACCCAGGACGCAUUGAAGAUGCAUUGAGAUCUGAUUCCUCAGACCACAUUCGGACACGGUUUAGGCCAGAUGUGACCACAUUCUUUUAGCAGUGUGUAUGGACAUUUGUCCUGGACCACAUUAGGGACCGCCUACUUCACGGUCAGCAGAACUACGUAAUCAUUAUAUCUCAUGUUAGAAGCCGUUGUCAGUGGUCAAAGCAACGGUGUACAACGGUAAUUGGAAAUAAAUCCUUCCCAGCAAAAGUCCUUCAUUAUUUUGUUUUCUUAAAGCUUUUUAUUAUGAAGCAGCAUUAACUGGAAAUGUUUGGUCAUUACCAACAUUAACUUGACAACUCCUAAAAGUGAACAUGAAAUAUAAAAUACCUUUUUUAAACCUCUUUGGCUCCUGCCUAACAGACUGUGGGAAGCACAUCAUUGCACGUUUCUAAUGUAGGAUUUUUGGGAGAGUAACAACCAGCCUAUGUGCAAAUCAAAAUGAGUUACGUAUUUUUUCUCAACGUAGAGCGGGAAAGUGACUUCCGAUCACAAGUGGUCCCUUGGGACUCAUUUGGAGACACAUUCUACUGCCAGGUGGGCACACACGUACUUAGAGCUGAACACUUGUGUUUGGAUCCCUUGGAUCAGAUUUUGACACCAGGUGGAAAUGAGGCCAAUGUGUCACUUACCACCAGGCUAAAAACCAUUGUUUGGCCGCCCUCUUUUUUUGGAAGUGUGCUUUGUUGCACCUGAAACCACACCCAACAGUGAUGUCACAGUGUCCUGGAGUACACUUGUACAUCACUGCAGCAAAGUGAGACGUUAGACCAUUGGAGCUCAGCCAAAACUAGAUCUUCAAAAGGUGUUAAACUUUAAGUGUGUGUGUUUGUGUGGCUAACACAGUCUUUUUAGAAUGGCCUUAACAUACAACAAAGAUGUCCGUGUUAGUGAUAUUUCUCUUUUGCUGAAAAGUUUGAUGCAUCAUUUUAUGAAUUAUAUUGAACACAGCUGCAAAAAGGAUACAUUAGUAAAAGCUCAAAUGCAAAUUUUUUUUGAAUAUGAUUUGAUUAACAAAAAUUAACUUGCUCUGAAUGAAAAUACCUGAUUUCAGCAUUUCAACUUUUUUGGGGUCUAAAGAGUUCAAAUAAUCUGAUGUGGGGACACUAAUUGAGAGUUAAAUUUAAUCUUUUUUUUUCUUUUUGUUUAACAAGGAGACAAAAUAAAUCAUUCUAAGAGCAAAAAGCACUGGCGGUAUGACAAAACACUCACACUUGUGGACUUUUUUAUAAGUCCACAACCCGUUCUCACUCCGACCUCGUAAAGUACAGACGUUUGGACAGUGGCUUUCAGCGUCUACAGGAAUAAAAAAGGCGCUCUUUGGUGUGUUCGUGUAACAUACUGGGGAGAGCAGCAGCUACACUGGGUUUGGCGAGUAGUAUUUAUGGCGGAAAUUCCUCACAGGGUGGAUGGGUCAAACAUGAAACUUUCACCCAGGAGACCUGGGUUAACCGUCCCGUUAUACCCGCGUGUCACAAAAGCGUAAGAUUCACCCACGACUUUUUCCUAAACCCAACUGUCCCGUUCCCUCAUGUCACGGAAACGUAAGCCCACCCACGACCUUGUCUUUCAAAAGGGACACCAAUAGUCCCGACCAAGUGCAUUUAGAUAAGACCCUAAAGGAGACUUUUAGCGUCAAUAACAACGACAAAGGCACCUGACCAAGUGUCUGUAUUUUACGAGAUGGGAGUGAGAAUGUCUUAACCAUGCUAUCAUGCACGUCACGAUGCACCAAUGUCCCUUUCCCAGCUUUAAUAUGCGUAAACAUUCCUGAAAAAACAGUUUUAUCACAUUAUGACCCCAGAUUAGCACAUAAUGCUCAUCAUACCCUGACUGCUUCUUCUUUUGUCUGAAUAGUGCUUCCAGUGUUUGCUAUGGGCGUCAAUUGACAUUACACAACAAAAGCGCUGUGUGUUGCACUUUAGAGAUCUUGUCGUGUUAAUACCAAAAAACGUUCAUCCCAAAGUUUGACACAUAGUAUAAUUAUAUAUGCAUAAUUAGGAGUAAUGUCUGAUCUUCCUAACUGCAGUUCUGAAACAGUUUGUUCUUCCAGAGUUAAAUAAUUUUUUGGGGAAAAUGUUGCCAAGGCUCAGAUUUAACAAACCAUGUACCAGUAGUUUGUAAGAAAGUAAUUGUGACACAGACAUACUGUGAAUGUGAUUUCCAUACUAUCUAUACUGCAUGGGCCAAUAUCAAUGAAUGUCCACCCAGAGUCAUAGUGUUGAUAUCCCAGCAACAAUAAAAACAUGAGAAAUGUCUGA